CAUUCAAGCCCACAAAGGACAUCGACAAUGACGACGACGCUGACGAUGAUGACUACACGCGCACGGAUGCCUUGACGGAAAAGUAUGCGAGCACGAUGAUGGAGAUUCCUUGGGACAACAUGGACGCAGACGAUGAGGUCCCUGCUCGCAACCUCGUCUUUCUCGGUUAGUGACAACAGCGGCAAAAAGCGCCCACGCGACUUCCUUGAGAUGCCAUUACCCAAUUUCUUUCUGACUUAACGGCUCAAUUGAUGGUCUCUCCUUGUAGAUACCCCGGGUUAUGGUAGCGUGGUCGAUGCUCAGGCCAACUUCAAUCUUUUUAUGAACUAUGUGGGUCAGACCUUCGAGGAAAAGAACCGCAGGAUCUCCCCAUUCACAGAAGUCAGCAACAACGAGCUGAUGCGGUCCUUAGUGACAGGUGUUGGUGCGCAUCGCUUCAUCGAUGUUUGUUUCUACUUGAUCUUGCACCGACUCAAACCGACUGAUAUCGAAUACAUGCGUCUCAUCUCGGAAAAGGCGAACGUUGUCCCCAUCAUUGCAAAGGUCGAUACGCAGUCAGAACAGGAAGUUCAGGAACUCAAAGUGCAUGUGCUAAAGACUCUGAGGGAGCAAGGUGUCUCGAUCUACACGUUCAGGAUCGACUAUGACCGUCUGAUUAACAUGGCCGAGAAGGGUCAGGCUGGAGGUCCUCCCUUUGCGGUCUCGAAUGUUCCACCAAAGCCGGCGUCAGAGGACCCGGAUGAUCAGAUCUCAUUCAAGCAUGCGGAGAGCGAGUUGCCGCUGCUUCGGAAACUCGUGCUUGAGACUCAGAUCACAAACAUCCGACAGUUCACGGUUAAGAAGUUCAUCAAUUGGCGUGGAAAGCAGCAGCCAUUGCAACAACCAUUGCAGCAACAGCAACAGCAACAGAUUUACUAUCCACAGCAGCAGCAGCAGCCGCAACAACAGCCGAUUCAGUACCAGCAACAGACGGCGGCCCACCAAUUUCAACAGCAAGUGAUCCGGUAAAGCGUUUCACAACUGCAAACUGCAACCUACAGCUCAACAAUACGCUUGCUCUUCAUCAUAGGCUAUACCAUAAACAACAUCACCAUCAUAAUAAAGGAUAGC